GUGUAAAUGGCCAGGGGAUUCCCCCAUCUGGCAUUUUUACACCCACGGCGCAACGUACACUGCAUGCAUGCAGUACCGUUACUGCGGCAGCCCGAACACGACACUGUCUAAAGACGUGUCGAGGUCCCCGGGGCAAGCAGUACCGUACACGUCCAAUUUUUCGCAAGCAUGAAGCUGCAUGCACUGUUACUGACUGUUACCGACUACCCAGGCCCUGAAUCUUGAUGUUUAAUGGUGGAUCUAGUUUUGUGGCUCUUGAUGUAGACUAGAAGGUAGAGACAGGUCAAUCGUAACUACUGGAAUCAGAUUAGUGAUAUACUAGAGAACAUUUGUCUGACAGAGACGGAAACCAGCAUCAAAUUCAGCCCUCAGAUGUUGCGUCAAUGUUGUGUUCGUGCUGUUGGGGUAGCGGUGCUGAGGACCUCAGCAAGUCGGUUUGUUCACAUCACAUCCACCCAGCAAAAUCUAACCAGGGUCAUCGUCAAACAGCCCAUUUAUUUAUCAGUCGCCUUUCUUCUGAAAAAGGCCCUCUCCAGAGUCAAGAUGGCAACACCUCCAUACAACCAUGUAACACAGGUUGGUGAUCCUGUUCUUCGUGGGAAAAGUGCUCCUGUAGACCCUAAUGACAUCAGGACUAAAGAGUUCCAAGCUCUCAUUAAGAAGAUGGUGGAAGUGAUGAGGAAGACAGGUGGGGUAGGAUUAGCUGCUCCUCAGAUUGGCUUGGCCCAGCAGGUGUUCGUCAUGGAGUUCACCGAGAAACAUUUCAAGGGAUUUCCUUUAGAGGUCCAGAAAGUCAGAGAGAUGGAAGUUGUUCCCCUCAGGGUGUUUGUAAACCCGACCUUAAAGAUUUUAUCAGAUCAACAGAUCAUUCUGCCAGAAGGAUGCCUAAGUCUUACAGGAUUCACUGCUGCCACACCAAGGGCACAUGAAGUUGAAAUUGAAGGUCUAAAUGAGAAAGCAGAGCCAGUUACUUGGCGUGUCAGUGGGUACCCAGCAAGGAUCAUACAGCAUGAAUAUGAUCAUCUUCAGGGAACUUUAUACAUUGAUCGCAUGGACACCCGGACAUUUGCUGAUCUACAAUGGCCUAAAUGGAAUGAGAAGUGAAUUCAGAAAUGAUCAGUCAGUCAACCUCUGAAGUAGUAUAUGAGCUUUUGCGCUCGAUCUGCCAGUCGAUUGUCGGGUAUCUGCUUUUGAAAGAAACCCCCAGCCUGCCGAAACUUACAUACCUGUUCAGUACAAGAGUCCUUCACCGAAUGUGAUUCAAAGAAUUGACCCGUAGCUGUUGGAGACUGAGCACACAUAUAUAUGCAUGCUUGAGAUUUAUAAAAAUUUCAAAGAUUUCAUUUCAGUCAGUCUCUUAUUGGUUAAAUUGAUUGUGUAUUUUGAAUUGAUACAAACUUCCUUUCUUGCAUUGACAUUAAUUACCCAAUUACAUCACUUUAUUUCCAAUUUGUCGAAUGCCACUUCUUCCAAUUGCCAACUCGUCUACUACCAUUUGGUCUACCAUUUCGUCCACUGACCACAUGGUGUACUUUCAUUUAGUCCAAUGCCAUUCCGUCGAAUAACGAGUUGGUCCAAUAGCCAUUUUGUCCAUAUACCAUUUGGUCUUUAUUAAACUAAAAUGUUAAUUGUGCAAAGUGAAUGAAAAGAAAAUGGGUAUUAGACCAACUGGUUAUUAGACGAAAUGGUAAUAGACGAACUGGUGAUUAGACUAAGUGAUGAUUGGACCAAAUGGUUAUUGGACCAAAUGGUUGUUAGACGAAAUGUUGAUGGACGGAAUGGCAUUAGACUAAAUGAAGGCAGACCAUGUGGUAAGUGGAUGAGUUGGCAGUGGACGAAUUGGCAAUUUACCAUUACAUCUAACUGUUGGUUGCAGUGUACCGGUACAUAUUCUUGCUUCAUUUGCCAUCCUCCUUUCGAUGGGCUAUUUGGCUAUUUUUAUAAUCAUGUCCAAUAACUUAUUGAAUUCCUCAUUUGAACUUUGCAUAUUCUGCAUUUGUGGUGGAAAUACACAUAGUUCAUGAGUCAUAUGAAUUGAUAUGGAAAAAAGAAGCUCCUUCGCCUGUUCAGAAGAUUUUCUACUAUCUACAUUUAACUGUGGUAGUUUUAGAAUAAAGUGACCUAGUUAUUUUAUUUUUCUUACAGAAAAUAUGUUUAGUGUGAGAUAUUCUCUAUACUGAAUAAAAACAUUUCUGAAUGUAUUAUCAUGAAUUGUGAACUAUGAAAGAGUGCAAAUAAUGUUUUAUGCAAAUUAUCUCUGAAACUCAAGUACUAAUGGAUUUUUCUUGCCCCAAAUUUUCCCCUUAAGUAUAAACCAAUCAUAAUCAUGAAUAUGGAGGAUUUUAUUCUGUAACAAUGAAGUGUAAUUUCAUCUAAAGAUAAAUAAAUCAUCAACAAAAUUGACAUUCUUUGGUUCAAUUGAUCUUAAUUUUUAAAAAUGCCUUGGCAAGUUACAUGUGUAGUAUGCACGGGCAGAGCAACAUGUUGUUGUUCUGCUAAACUUUGUAUAUCUUGUAAUGCUUCUUUCAAGUACGUCUUUAAUACGCACUGCCGUAGUAAGUUAUUUGACUUGUUGCAUAACCCUCUGAAUAAUUGCACAUGUACACAAUCCUUUUUAAACCAUCCAAUUCAUCCCUUUAAAGGGGUACUCCGGGCUGAAAAUAUAUCGAAAUAAAUAGAGUAAAAUUCACAGAGCAAAAUGUUGAAAAAUUCAUCAAAAUCGGAUAACAAAUAACAAAGUUAUUGAAUUUUAAAGUUUAGCAAUAUUUUGUAAAAAAAAGUUACAUACAUCAUCAUGAAUAUUCAUUAGGUGGGCUGAUGAUGUCACAUCCCCACUUUCCUUUUGUUAUUACAUGAAAUCAUAAUUGUUUCAUUUUUCACACAUGUGUGAACAAUGUGUCUCCUUUAUAAUGAAAUAAGUUGCAGCAAUAAAUUUCAUUAAAUCAGUUGUCAAUCCAAUUUUUUAAGUUCUUGGUAGAAAAAAUUUGAAAAACCUAAUUUCAUAUAAUAAAAUAAAAAAAAAAACAAGUGGGGAUAAUGACAUCAUCAAUUUGCUCAUUGAAUAUUCAUGAAGACAUGCCUAGAACUGUUUCACUGGAAUAAUGCAAAUCUUUAAAUUGCCAUAACUUUGUUAUUCAUUGUCCGAUUUUAACCAAAUUUUCAGUGUUUUGUUUGUCUGAUUUUUCUUUACCUGUUUGAAUCAUAUAAAUUUCAGCCUGGAGCAUCCCUUUAAAAUGUAAAGUGGUAGUAAGUAAAGGCAUGCUCAAGGCUUUUCCAUUUGCAAUUUUCCACAGGAAAAUGUUCCUUAUGUUUUUUUUAUUGGUUGAAAAUUUCAAAGACAAUUUUUUUUGGUUUAUAGUGGAUAUGUUGAAAAAUAUUCAUAUACAACAAUGGUCCUAAUUAAUGGUCAUUACCGUCUUUGUGAUUGAUUUGCAAACAUUGUGGUAAUGAUGCCCUGAUCUACUCCGAUCAGACACUUCUCCAAUUAACAACAAUUGUCCCAUUGAAAAAGUCAGACGAGAGGAAAUACUUUACAUCAUUCUGAUAGAUAUAAUGACCCUUAUUAUAUAAUUUCCAUUAUCCUCUUUAUUUCAGUGUCUUGUGUGAUUUAUGAUAAUGACACUGACAUUAUGUACUGUUGUCCAGUAAAGAAAGGUUGCUUGAAAUACAUUUCAUUUUGCCUCAUCAACUUUUGUUCAUUUGUUCUGGCAUUCCAGUUUUUUCAUAAUUAAUGUAACUUAAAAAAAAUAUUAUGAACAGUGGCGGACUGUGACCCAGAGGAGACAAAGCAUUGGAGGGGCACAGUAUUGUUCACAAAGAAUACAGUGCCCCUCCAAUCAUUUGUCUCCUUGGGGUCACGGUCCGCCACUGAUUAUGAAGUAAAAUACUAAUUUGUUGCCAGAUUUUACCACUGAAUUUGAAAACAUUGUGUGGUGAUGAUGCCUUCAUCAGGCUUUACUCCGAUUUGCAACAAUUGUCCCAUUGAAAAAGUCAGACGAGAGGAAAUGCUUCACAAAAUUUUGAUAAUUAUAAUGACUCUUGUUAUAUAAUUUCCAUUAUUCUCUUGUUUAAGUGUAUUGUGUGAUUUAUGAUAAUGACAUUAUGGCAUUAUGUACUGUUGUCCAGCAAAGAAAGAUUGCUUGAUUUUGCCUCAUCAACUUUUGUUCAUUUGUUCUGGCAUACCAGUUUUUUCAUAAUUAAUGUUAUAUAAAAAAAAUAUUAUGAAAUAAAAUACUAAUUGGUUGCCAAAUUUUA